AUGAUUCCCAAACCACUACGGAAAUACUGGGCAUAUCGGGACGAGCUGUCUAUUGAGAAUGGGCUCAUAAUGAAAGGCCAGAGGAUCGUCAUCCCCAAAGUGGAAAGACAAAACAUCCUCAACACCGUACACGAAGCCCACCAAGGCAUAAUCAAAUCCCAGCUCAGAGCAAAGACAUGUGUCUUUUGGCACAACAUCAAUGAUGACAUUGAAGAGAUGACAAGGUCGUGUGACAUAUGUCAAUCCUAUGGCAAAUCACAACCAUCAGAACCCAUGAAACCACAUGUCUUACCAAACGGACCAUGGCAGACAAUAGCUGCCGACAUCUUCUUCCUAGAUGAUGAGAAAUACUUACUCAUCGCUGACUACUAUUCCAAGUACACAAUCUUGCGAAAGAUACCGAAAGGUCACUCUAACAGCUGCAACACCAUUGUCUAUCUGCUUAAAAACAUAUUUGCAGAACAAGGUAUUCCUGAAACACUGAUAAGUGACAAUGGACCACACUUCAACAGUGAAACUUUCCGCAACUUCUCCAACGACUGGAAUUUCACACAUACCACAUCAUCCCUUAGAUAUCCUCAAUCCAAUGGGUUCAUAGAAAGGAACAUUCAGACAGUCAAACGCACCAUCAAAAAGGCAAAGCAGUCAAACACUGACAUACAGAAGGCCUUGAUGAUUCUUAGGGUAACCCCUAUUGAUCACCACCUACCAUCACCAGCUGAGUUGUUGUAUGGCAGAAAAAUACGAACAACAUUGCCAACAAAAAUAAACAACAAUGCAACAGACAAGGAUGAGAUACGUCAAAGAUUCGACGCUAGACAAGAUCAACAAAGGCAACACUAUGACAAGAACACCCACAAACUGGCUCCUCUACACAAUGGACAACCCAUAUACAUCCAGAACCAAUCAAACACGAAGAAACAAUGGGUUCCUGGCACAGUACAAAGUAAGAGCACAGAACCUCGCUCAUACAUAGUCCAAACAGAGAAUGGUCAAACAUUGAGACGAAACCGUCGUCAGUUGAAAGAAGGUGGGAAGAAAAGAGUUACCUUUGAACUCGAAGCUUCCACAGAAGCCCCGGGAAAAGAACAAAACAGCCCACUGAUCAAACAAACAACCAACGAACCAAAUGUCACAACACAACCAUACAGAACGCGAUCUGGUCGUGCAGUCAAUAAACCAACUAAAUUGGACCUGUAG